AUGGGCCUCACGCCGCUGGCUGCUGGUCCGGUGCAAAGGAUCCUGGCGCCUUCCCCGAUCGUGCGCACGAUCUCCACGGGCUCGGAGGUGAGUCUGGGGCGAACGCUCUCCACGUCGCGGCCCUACCCGCCGGGCCUGGGCUAUACGCCGAUCAGCACACCCAAAGAUUCGCUCUCACGGGCGAGCUCCUUCGGCAUCAACGGUGAAGUGGAGUCGUGCAAGCCCAGGAGGAAGUCCAUGGACCUCACGGCCGUGCUCGAGGCCCAUGCCGAGGACCACAUCUUCUCUCGGGAGUUUCUGCUGCUCUUUCGUGGCAGCCCAGAGGGCGAGGACGCGGCCGAAGUGGGCUUCGUGCUGCCAGCGCCGGGCUUCUUCCGAACGCAAGCUGCCGGCCCAGAAGCAGCGCCGCAGACGCAAUCGGAGGCCCCGCGCCCGGCCAAGGUAGCCACCACCAAAGCCAAGCCCGCCCAGGCUGCGCAGGGUAAAGGCAAAGGCUGGUCCGAGCCUGGCAAGGGCGCUGCAGAAACCUCCCAGGCGCCUGUGGCUGCGCAAAAGGGGAGCCCUGCCGCGCAAAAGGGGAGCCCUCCAUCCCACGGGUACAAAGGCCAGCAGGCGCAGCAGCACCAAUACUACCCCAUGAAGGGGCAGAACUGGGCGGGCAAAGGCGCUUGGACCUGGGGGCCGAAAGGUGGAUGGUACAUGUGGCCUGGACAGAAGGGUGGCUGGUAUUGA